ACCAGAAGACUUCCAGCUUUAAGACGAUACUCAGAAAAUCAGUUCUUGUGGAUCUGCUGCCGGGAACAGCUCUCUGACCCUAUAUAAUGACCAGAGCACUGACUCUACACUCACACUCACUGCUCUCUACUCCACAGCAGAAGACCCUCCACUCUCUCCAGCUCCGUCUCUCUGGCUGAAAUCAGACACUCUGCUAGAAUGAGGACCCUGUCUUCUCUGCUGGUGCUGCUGCUGCUCUGCUCUCUCCAGCUGACCUCUAGUGCUGCACCACUGUCCGCUGACUGCUGUGUCAAGCUGGAAACACUGAAGAUUCCUCUGACUCGGGUGAAGUCCAUCAAAAGGACGAGCAGCGACUGUCUCCUUAAAGCCAUUGUAGUUGAGACCGUAAUCGGAAAACAGAUUUGCGUGGAUCCAGAUGUUGCGUGGGUCAGCAGUCACAUCACCGCUCUGAACCAGAGACACAACAAUGCCACAGCAAGGCCUUCCACUGCAAUUCCCACAAUGCCCUCCCUGACAGUGUCUUAAGCUAUAGGAUUAUAAUAUCAGAUUGUUUUAUAUAUAUUGAAAACUCUGCAUUCAUGUAUUUUUGAAAGGUGUCUGUGCUGUUUAAUAAAAUUUAUUUUUGCAAUAAAAUAAUUUUUCAUUUGAAA